AUGUCAUCCCCCAACAAGGGGAAUGGCCGCGAAAUCACCAUGCUCAACCUUCUGAAGACCCUGAGCCAGAGCAUCGCCCCCUCCAUGGCUGACAUGUGGGAGCUGGAGAUCCAGCUUCUGGUCAAGUACCUGGAAGAACACACCGAGUUUACCUGGAACCAGAAGACGUGGGAGGACAGGCUGAUUCAGUUUCUGAGAAACUCCCUCAAGAUGCCUCGGGGUUCCCGCUGGAGCCUGCGUCUGAGCAAAGAGCUGAACAACCAGGUCGAGAGCUUCGACAGCCCCUCCCUGGAGAAGGUUGGUUCCCAGAGGCAGGGCCUUUCUCCUCCCUGUCUCAUCCAGCUGUUGGCUCAUGACCACUGCAUGUGUCUAUUUCAUCAUUGA